GCGCUGUGUGCCAGGGGCCAGGCGUCGGUCAGACACACACUCAGUCCUUGGGGAGUGCGGAGACCUGUGGAGGAGGCCCCAGGAGCGAGGCCGGCAGCUCCACCUGGCAGCCCUGGCGUCGCUCAAGAGCGACAUAGAGGAACUGAACCGGCGGCUGCAGCAGACGGAGCGGGAGCGGGACCUCCUGGAAAAGAAAUUGGCCAAGGCCCAGUGUGAGCGCUCGCACCUCAUGAGAGAGCACGAGGACGCCCAGGAGCGGACGGCCCUGCGCUACGAGGAGCGCGUCACGGAGCUGCACAGCAUCAUCGCCGAGCUCAACAAGAAGAUCGACCGCCUGCAGAGCGCCACCAUCAGGGAGGAAGAUGAGUAUUCGGAAUUGAGGUCGGAGCUCAGCCACAGCCAGCAUGAGGUCAACGAGGACUCGCGAAGCCUGGACCAGGACCAGACCUCCGCCUCCAUCCCCGAGAACCAGUCCACCAUGGCCACUGCCGACGUGGAUAACUGCAGUGACCUGAACUCGGAGCUGCAGAGGGUGCUGACGGGACUGGAGAGCGUGGUCUGCGGCCGGAAGAGGAGCAGCUGCAGCCUGUCCGUGGCCGACGUGGACCGCCACAUCGAGCGGCUCACCACCGCCAGCGAGCACUGCGACCUGGCCAUUAAGAGGCUGCACCUGCCACGCGCCUCCCCUCCUCCCGGCCCCAUGAGCCCCCUGACCUGUCAACCACGCUGGUUUCAGGUUCGAGAGCUGCAGACCCGUCUCCAGAGCGUGCAGGCCACGGGCCCCUCCAGCCCGGGGCGGCUCACCGCGGCCGCCCGCCCGGUCAACCCCAGCACGGGGGAGCUGAGCACCAGCAGCAGCAGCAACGACAUCCCCAUCGCCAAGAUCGCUGAGAGGGUGAAGCUGUCGAAGACGAGGUCUGAGUCCUCAUCGUCUGAUCGGCCGGUCCUGGGCUCAGAAAUCAGCAGCGUCGGGGUCUCCAGCAGCGUGGCCGAGCACCUGGCCCACUCGCUCCAGGACUGCUCCAACAUCCAGGAGAUCUUCCAGACCCUCUACUCGCACGGCUCCGCCAUCUCCGAGAGCAAGAUUCGCGAGUUCGAGGUGGAGACGGAGCGGCUGAACAGCAACCUGGUGGCCGCCUACGAGAAGGCGAAGAAGAAGCACCAGAACAAGCUGAAGAAGCUGGAGUCGCAGAUGAUGGCCAUGGUGGAGAGGCACGAGACGCAGCUGCCUGAGCCCACAGGCCAAGGCAGCCGCUUCGCGGGCACAGGCGUGGUCUCUGGUGCCCUCUACUGGACCCGGGGCGCGCACGACAGGAGCGCACAGAAGCUCACGCAGGCUCACAGCACACAUCCCGAGCAGCAGAACGGCAAGCUGGCACCGCCCUGCCCAGGCCGAGGCUUGAAGAGCUCUUCUCCACCUUCACCUCUGCACUCGGUCCCCAUCACAGCCAUCGCACCCCCGGCCCAUCUGUCUCCUUGGGCCUCCAACCCAGAGGCCCGCGUCCGCUUCCGUCUCAGCGAGCAGUGCAUCGAGGCGUAUGAGCUGCUGCUGGCGCUGGCCGAGAGCGAGCAGAGCCUCAUCCUGGGGCAGUUCCGGGCGGCCGGCGUGGGCUCCUCCCCCGGGGACGCGUCGGGCGGAGAGAGCGUCACGCACAUGCUGCAGCGCGCCCACGACCGGCGCAAGUCGGCGGAGAACGCCACCAAGGCCCUGCUGGCCAAGCUGGACGGCAGCUGCGCAGGCGCCUUCGCGGUGCCCGGCUGCAGCGGGCAGCCCUGGGAGAGCCUGUCCUCCAACAGCCACACCAGCACCACCAGCUCCACGGCCAGCAGCUGCGACACGGAGUUCACCAAGGAGGACGAGCAGCGGCUGAAGGACUACAUCCAGCAGCUCAAGAGCGAGCGCGCGGCCGUGAAGCUGACCAUGCUGGAGCUGGAGAGCAUCCACAUCGACCCGCUCAGCUACGACGUGAAGCCGCGCGGCGACAGCCAGCGCCUGGACCUGGAGAACGCCGUGCUCAUGCAGGAGCUCAUGGCCAUGAAGGAGGCGAUGGCGGGGCUGAAGAGCGUCGGACGCUUCGUGGCCGCCGCCCGGCUUCUGCGGCUGCCUGUGCUUCCCCCACUGGUCACCGGGAGAUCCUUCGGGGAACAGCUGCUGACUGUGGCGGAAUUUGGUUCGACUACACCAGGAUUUAAGAAGCACAAGUCAGAUGAGAAAGUUGUCUGGGCCUAG